GAGUCGAACCUGCCAUAUACUGCCAUCCUAACCGUCCACAAUGGCCUCACAAGAGCCCCCCUCGACGAAAUCCAAUGGCGCUCCCCGCAAAUAGCAAUGAGCAUGCAGGGCAUCCACUCCAACUCAGUCCUCUUCUACUUCGCCGAGUCCCCCUUCUUCGACAAGACCUCCAACAACGCCGUCCUUUUCUCGCAAGCGCUCUACAACCCAACCAUGCUGCCCGUCAUCCAAACGCGAGAAGCCUUCGAAGGACGCCUGAAAACAAUGUCAGGGCUAGAGUUCAUGGUUGCGCAGGAACCGGCAGAUCCUGUGAAUGGGACAGGGGUCUGGGUUAUACGGAAACAGACCCGGAGGAAGAGGCAGAAUGAAGAGGAUGAGAUUAUGUUGCAUUCUACGUAUUUUGUCGUGGGGGAGAAUAUAUAUAUGGCUCCUGCAGUAGCAGAUGUUCUGGGCUCGCGAACACUCUCAAUCCUCACAUCCCUCAACAAAUUCUUCUCCACCGCUACAACCCUUCCAUCCUUCACCCCAGCCUUGGGAACAACCUACCUACCACCGCCCUCAACAUCCCGCCUAAAACCCACCGAAUCGCAAGAUCCCCUCGGCCAAACCGGCAAAGAGAACACCCCCCUCCCCGACUCCCUCACAUCCAAAAAAGCCGCAUUACCCUUAACAAACAACUCUACCUUCCUAUCUUCCCGCCUGCUGGAAGAGAGCUUAAACAUAACGCUGAAAUACGGUGAGGAAUACAUGGACGAGAACCCCAUUACAGGCGAACCGGGCGCAUUUCAUCUCACCACUACUGGGCGAAUAGAGAGGGAGAAGGAUAAACUAGCUGUUCCGGUGGUGGGGAAAGGAGGCGGGAUCGGCAGUAAGACAGGGACGCCUGCGCCGCCGUCGUUGAAGACGACGGGGCUUGAGGUGAAAAAGGAGGGCUUGAAAGGGGAGAAGACUCCGACGAAGAGUCCAGGUGUCAAGGGCCCGAAGAGGAGAAAAAGUAAGGGGGUGAACUCAGCUGGGGGAAUAAGUCCUACGUGA